ACUUGGGCCAUAUUCAAGAGAGAAUUUCUGAGGAAGUACUAUCCUGAAGAUGUUCGGGGAAAGAAGGAGAUUGAGUUCUUGGAACUGAAACAGGGUAGUAUGACAGUGCCUGAAUAUGCUUCCAAAUUUGUGGAAUUGGCUAAGCACUACACACCCUACACCAACGAUGCAGCUGGAGAAUUCUCUAAGUGUAUCAAGUUUGAGAAUGGUCUUCGUGAUGAGAUCAAACAGGGCAUCAGGUAUCAAAGGAUUCGCCGAUUUGCUGAUUUGGUGGACUGUAGCAGAAUAUUUGAAGAAGACAGUCUUAAGCUGAGAUCAUCUCACUCUCGCGAGUUAGUUGAUAAAAAGGGUAAGAAGCCUAUGGACAGAGGUACACCAUAUGGUAGGGGAAACCCAAGAGCUGGUAAUUGGAAAAGGCCUAGUGGGGGAGAUUCUGGUGCUCCCUUUAGGUGCUUCAACUGUGGUGAACCAGGACAUAAGAGGAAUGAGUGCAAGAAAGAAGAGAAGAAGUGCUUUAAGUGUGGCAGAGUAGGCCAUGUUGCUCCUGACUGUAAGAUGAGAACUGUGACUUGUUAUAACUGUGGAGAAGAAGGCCAUAUCAGUACACAGUGCACCAAGCCGAAGAAGAACCAGUCUGGGGGAAAAGUCUUUGCUUUGUCUGGAUCAGAAACUACUCCGGAGGAUAGACUGAUUAAAGAUUAAGGAUGUAGCGGCGUGUGAUUGGGUGAAGAUAGCUUAUAAGCUAGCCCGUAGUUCGUGUCGAGUCAUGCUCUGAUUGUAACACUGGGAUCGAUUAGUCUUAGCGUUACUUGAGAUACUAUGUUGUUAUUUUGUUUAUGGAUUAUGUAUUGAUGAGCUGUUUGGAUAUGCUCCUAACAUUGUUUGAAAUAAGUUUCCGCUGUGAUGAACACAUGUUGAAGUUUGGUUAAU